GUGACAAUAUGUUAAGUAACAUUCAAGCUCUUUCCUACACCUGGCACAACAGCUGUUUAAAACCAUGCUAGAAUGACCAUUUACAUCAUCAGGAAAGCCAAUCAGAAGGGGGAAAAGGAAAAUCAUGGAAUCAUCUUUUGAUGAUCUACGCGGUUAUUGAGGCUUCAUCUGGGCUCUGUGUCCCUGGUUCAUAUUCCUGAAAGCUCAAACUGCAUCUUUUGAGAUGGGGGAAGUUCAAGAGCUGCAACUCCACGUCAGAGUUCGGGACAUCGGCAAGGCAAACCCAGCAGACCAGCAAGUAAACAUAACCCCCCAAUCAACAGUCCCCAAUUUAAGAAACCACAAGCGGUGGCUAAGAAUCUCCAUCUAUACACUGUCUGUCAUCCUCGGCCAAUCGGCCGCUGCACUGUUGGGGCGAUUAUACUACAACAAAGGUGGAAACAGCAAAUGGAUGGCCGCAUUUGUGCAAACUGCGGGCUUUCCAAUCCUCCUCCCCUUAUUCUUCAUCUCAAUACACAAAAAUCCACACACAAAUGGAAGUUCAGUCACAAACCAAUCCUCCCCCUCAAUCAUUGCAUCAAUCUAUGUCAUACUCGGCCUAUUUCUAGCAGCAAAUUGUAUGCUAUAUUCAGUUGGGCUCCAAUAUCUUCCUGUCUCUACAUUUUCACUCGUCUGUGCAACCCAAUUGGCCUUCAAUGCUUUCUUCUCCUACUUUCUGAACUCUCAGAAGUUCACUCCCUUUAUAGUUAAUUCUAUUGUCCUCCUCACCAUCUCCUCUGUCCUCCUUGUGUUACAAACCAACUCCGAAAACCAAACUGAAUCUGGGAAAGGAAAAUACAUACUUGGGUUCUUGUGUACCGUUGCCGGAUCUGUUGGGUAUGCAUUACUGUUAUCAUUGACACAAUUUUCCUUCCAGAAAUUUAUAAAAAGAGAAGACUUUAGGGCGAUUCUCCAUAUGACAGUUUACCAGUCACUGCUUGCAACUUGUGCUAUCCUGGUGGGACUUUUUGCUAGUGGAGAGUGGAAACUCUUGAGCAAAGAGAUGAAGGAUUUUGAACUAGGGAAACUAUCCUAUGUGAUGACUUUGGCAUGGACAAUUGUGGGUUGGCAAGUUCAUGCUAUUGGGUCAACUUGCUUGAUUGUUGAGGUUUCUUCUCUUUUUUGCAAUGUCAUAUCUACUUUUGGUUUGCCCAUAGUUCCAAUCUUUGCUGCCAUCAUUUUUCAUGAGAAUGUGAAUGGAGUGAAAAUUAUUUCCAUGUUGUUAGCCAUUUGGGGCUUUGUUUCAUACAACUACCAGCAUUACCUCGGCAGUUCAAAGUUGAAGCCAGAAAGUGAAAAUGUGAAUCAAGUUUCCCAAGCUUCCUGAGCAAUAUUACAAAGAGAUUUGCUGAAUGAAUUGGGAUUUUGUAGUUAUUUAUUGACUUCCAUUUUGUACCCAAAAUACACAUGCACACACUCACCCAAGCUCGCAAGUUUUAGCAUUAUCAUUGUUCAUGUUGCUUUCCCUGUUCUAAUAUUAGACUGAAAUUUUCUCUAAUCACUUGGUCCCAAAUACAUAUUCUA